UAUUAGAGGUCGAUGUGAAUGUGGAUAAGAAAGAAAUAAGACAAGCAUACAAAAAAUUGGCUCUCAAAUGGCAUCCUGAUAAAAAUCACGGUAGUUCAGCUGAGCAAAAAUUUAAAGAGAUUGGCGAAGCAUAUGAUGUUUUGCAUGAUAAAAGUAAAUGA